AUAUAUAUAUACACACACACACAUAUACUUCUCUCUCUAUUUCCACAGUUGUUUCUGCUCUCUCUCUAGAUAUAUAUCUAUAUCUGCAGCGGUUGUUGUGGGAGUGUAUUGGUAAUGGCGCCUGAAGAUGAGGUGUUCGACACGCAAGCUGCAAGGACGCUGGUGAACCAACUCAGAGGCACGUUUUCCACCUGCAAGACCAAGAGCUACGAAUGGAGAAUCUCGCAGUUGAAGAAUCUCUUGAAAUUAGCCAAUGAUCACGAGCAAGACAUCAUCGACAGUAGUUUUGACCUCUCCAAACCUCCACUCGAAGCAUAUGUCUCCGAGAUCGCUAUGUUUAAGUCCUCAUGUGAAUUCACAAUUAAAGAUCUAAAACGUUGGAUGAUGCCGGAAAAGGUUAAAACCUCAAUAACCACUUUUCCUUCUUCAGCAGAAGUGUUUCCAGAGCCAUUAGGUGUCGUAUUGGUGAUAUCAGCAUGGAACUAUCCUUUCUUGUUAUCUCUUGAUCCAGUCAUUGGAGCUAUUGCAGCUGGCAAUGCUGUGGUUUUGAAACCAUCGGAAAUUUCUCCAGCCACAUCCUCACUGCUUGCAAAAUUAGUAGGGGAAUAUAUGGACAGCUCUGCAGUAAAAGUUGUUGAAGGGGCAGUUCCUGAAACAUCUGCACUACUGGAGCAAAAGUGGGAUAAAAUAUUUUACACAGGCAAUGGAAAAGUGGGACGCAUUGUGUUGGCUGCUGCGGCAAAGCAUCUUACACCUGUUGCUUUGGAGCUUGGAGGAAAAUGUCCUGUUUUUGUCGAUUCCAACACCAAUUUGAAAGUCACGACAAGGCGGAUUAUAGCAGGCAAGUGGGGACUAAAUAAUGGGCAAGCAUGCGUUUCCGCGGAUCACAUUAUAACAACAAAAGAUUUUGCUCCAAAAUUGAUAGAUGCUCUGAAAGUUGAGUUGGAAAAGUUCUAUGGCAAUGAUCCAUUGAAAUCAGAAGACUUGUCUUGCAUUGUGAGUUCCAACCAUUUUGCUCGCUUAGAGAAGCUCUUGGAUGAUGAUAAGAUUUCUGGUAAGAUAGUCCAUGGAGGUCAGAGGGACCAAAACCACCUAAAGAUUUCUCCAACCAUUUUGCUGGAUGCUCCAGAAGACUCUCUUAUCAUGAAUGAGGAGAUAUUUGGUCCUCUGCUUCCCAUUGUCACGGUUGACAGUCUGGAAGACAGUUUCAAUAUGGUUAAUUCCAAAGAAAAGCCACUUGCAGCAUAUUUAUUUACCAACGACAAGAAGCUCAAGGAGGAGUUUGUGAGAAAUGUCUCUGCAGGGGGUUUGCUCAUCAAUGACAUUGCUCUACAUCUUGCAAACCCUUAUUUACCAUUUGGAGGAGUUGGGGAAAGCGGAAUGGGUGCGUACCAUGGAAAAUUUUCUUUCGAUACUUUUACUCAUAAGAAGGCAGUGCUGUACCGAAGCUUUGCUGGUGAUGCAUCUGCAAGGUACCCCCCAUACACACCCGCUAAACUAAGAUUACUAAGGGCUCUUCUAAGCGGUAAUAUCAUCGGCAUUAUUCGUGCUUUACUUGGGUGGUGAAAGGUUCAAUACAUUGGUUCAAGAAUAAGAUUACGAAAAGCUCUUUAACCGGCAGUACAUUUGGAUACACAGGUAUAAUCAUGUAUUGUGGCUGUGCCUAAUUGCAAGUUUUCUUUAGCUCUUUGUAUGUUUUGCCAGUUUAUUAAAAUUUGAAGUACUCAAGGGUUGAUAUUUCCUUUGUUUUUUUUUUCUUUUUUCCUUCUCAUGUCCCCAUUUGAACAAAUUUGUAGAUAUUAAUAAAGAAAAUGAAAUUGUCUACCUUUAUGAAUU